AUGCGACGUCUGACUCUACUCUAUGGCCAUGUAGCCAGGCAUUCAUAUCCUCUGACUCAUCGAUCUACGUCUACACCAAUAAAACCUUUACUUCUUCGAGAGUUUUCCACAACCCGAUUCCAUAAUGACUUGAGCCCUUUCACCCGCCGUUUGUUCAAGCUUCCCUCCACACCAUCUCCGCCCUCCCAACACCACGACAACCUUACGCAAUUCCUCACAUAUGCCUCGCGCAUCUCCCUACCAGAAACAAGUACCGUAUAUGUAGGUACCCAUUACGAAUACACCGUCCUUCAAAGCCUCCGUCGCUGCGCACUGGCCCUCCACCGCAUUGGCGGCCGCGACGACGCAGGCAUAGACCUAGCGGGUACCUGGCAUUUACCAGAGCAUGAGCGGGAGCGCGCAGUUCGCGUGCUAGUGCAAUGCAAAGCACUGAAGACGAAACUGGGGCCAAACCUUGUGCGCGAGCUCGAAGGUACCCUCCGACAGGCACCUGUGGGCUGGCGCACGGGCCAAACGGUGGGGAUGCUGGUUAGCCCGCGCGAGGCAACGAAGGGUGUGCGGGACGCAUUAGCGCGGAGUUCAUUCCCGCUUUUUUGGAUGAUGGUCGAGCGCGAUGGAACUUUGAGGCAGGCGCUGUGGAACGCUCGGGCGGAGGCAUUGGGACUGGGCGCUUUGGGGGUUGAAACGCGAUAUGAUAUGUCUGAUCGUGGGGAUCCUGGAGCUACUUCUGAACCGAGGAAAGAAGUUACCUUCACCUGGGAUGGAUGUGAUAUUGCUGAUAUGGAUGCUGUUGAAGGGCAGUUGGCUCAUGCCGAAGAUCAGUGGGUUCGCUCUUGGACAGAAGAUUUGGAUGGCGUCCAAAAAUGGGUACUAUUGGACACUAUCGAAGAGGUUUUCCCUGGUGGCUAUCCCGAAACAGAUAUGGAUGGGACAGUGUCGGAUAUGCACCGAGUAAAGGUUCUCGAGGCCUUGAAAGCUAAGGCGUAA